AUGGUCACUGGCGCGUUUUCACGUGACACACUCUUGAUUCCGGCCGUCUCGAUCGGCUCUGUGCCUCAGCUUGCAUUCGACCUACUGGUGCACGCCCCGGCAUUGGGCCUCGAAAGGGUGGCCUCUGUAGAUGUGCAAGAUUACUGCGUGCCAUUCGCUGCACCGCUAGACUCGCUCGCACCGAGCGGCAAAAGUCAUGAUAACAGAAAUGGCCACGGAGGUGACCGUCCUGCGCUGGGCGUAUGUACCGCGCUCGAAGUGUAUCGAAAUCCAUCACGGCGUCUCACGCUCCUCCAUCAGCGCAGUCCGGUGCUUAAGUCCCGGAAAGACGAAUUUGUUCAGAGCCUACUGAGCUGGAUCGUGCAGGAAGGUUUUAGUGAAACGUUGAUUGUUGGAAGCAUGGACGCGGGCAUGCGCAUCGACAGCGAGAUGGACAAGCCACUGGUGCAUCUUCAACCGGCUUCAUCCGACAAGGGCCACGAAACAAAAAUCGACAGCGGAUCUCUCCUCUCGUUCAUCACGCACAGUACGCCAGAAUUCUCACCGGUCUCACCAUCGCCCGCUCAUCAAAACGCAUUUGCAAGGUCGCAGAAGGACACGCUCGUUCCGCCGUUACCAGGUGCUGGCUUGGUGCGGCGCAUCCUCUCUCAGCACGCCAAGCAGAGUUCAAACGAUAGGGAAGCACGCUUGGCGGCGCUUCUGAUGUUUUGCGGCGAAGGAGACAAUAGGGGGGAUGCACACGCAUUGGCAGGUCUUCUGUGUCGUGGUCUGCGAGUGGAAGGCGAAGAGCUCCAAGAGCCGAGAAGCUGGCAAGGCCUGUUUGGACCAACGUACAACCAAGCACUGUUCGGGUAA